CCUUGUUAACGACUUUCGUGAAAUUGUUGAAAAAAUACGUGAUGUUUAAGUUAAUUGUGUGAAUAUAACAUAUUUUCAACUGUAGACACCUUGAUCUACUGGGCUUUUAAACAGGAUUUUGCCAUGUAUUCGAUCAUAAUCAAAAACAGCAUCGUAUUCGCUGUUCAGUGUUUUGUGGACAAUGAGUCUGAGACUAAAUUGCUCCGACUUGGUAUUUGUUACACUUGAUAAACAACAAAUAUUUCCUGAAGUCAACAAAUUGCAAAGCUGUGCGUAGUCGUUUCAAUAUGGAGGAGAAAGCAGCGGUUGAUUCGGAAAAGUGUUCAUCAUCCUCGGAACAAAGUGAAGAUUCAUCAGCUGACAACGAUGCAAAAACACUGCAGAAAUCUAAGCAAUUCAAAUGCAAAAUGUGCUGUGCUCUCCUAUCAUCAAAACUGACACUUAAAAGGCAUAUGGUUAUACAUAGCGGAGAGGAGCCGUUUUCUUGCGACAUUUGUGGAAAGACUUUCAAAUUCAUUUCGGAAUUGAAUAUCCAUAUGAAAAGACAUUCUGGUUUGAAACCAUUCGCGUGUGAUGUAUGUGAUUCAAGGUUCACCUUCAGACAUAUGUUGAUGGCACACAAAAGAAAACACACCGGUGAAGAAAAAAUGUUCAAAUGUGCUGAGUGUGAGGAAUCGUUCGCUGAUAGAAGAUCCCUUCAAUCUCAUAUGAACAAGCAUAAUGGACUUAAGCCAUUCAAAUGUGAAGUAUGUGAUAAAGAGUUCACGAUCAAGAAAUAUUUGAAAAAGCAUCAAAAGACACAUGAUAAAAACAUCAAGAAGCCAUACAAAUGCACAGAAUGUCCUGCUAGCUUUACCCAAAACAACCUUCUGCAAACUCACCUGCUUAGGCACAAAAAUACUCGGCCAUAUGAAUGUGAAAUAUGUGGAAGGGGUUUUAUAUACAAUUCCAGAUUAAUGUCGCAUAUUGAGGAGAGACAUGAAAGUAAUAACAAAUAUGUUUGCUCUUAUUGUCAAUGCGCGUUUGACUCAGAAAGGACGUUAAACUUUCAUGUUGCUAAGACGCAUGCAGAUGAGGUAGAGUGUGGUAUUUGUGGCUUAAACUUUACAAUGCUCAAAGCAUAUGAAGAACAUAUGCGAAUCCAUUUAGUAGAUAAGCCAUACAAGUGCAGAGAUUGCAGUGCAACAUUCAAAAAGAAGGUUGGGUUGAAAAUGCAUUCAAUAGUUCAUAGUGAAUUAAGGAACUACCACUGUAAAAUUUGUUUUAAAUCAUAUAAAACCAAAGGUUCACUCCAAUCUCACAUUCUGGUGCAUAACAGUGAACAAAAACAUAAAUGUUCAGAGUGUGGAGCUUGUUAUGAAACCAAAACAGGAUUGCUUGAACAUAGAAAACGACAUCUAGGAUAUGUAAGAAAGCAUUUUAAGUGUGGUGUGUGUGACACAUUAUGCCAUACGAAUGCAGCCUUACUAAUACAUACACGCAUACAUACUGGGGAGAAACCAUUCCAAUGUGACUCAUGUGACAAGUCAUUCAGCAGCAACUUAAGAUUGAACGACCACCGCAUUGUUCACCUUGACCUUAAGCCUUACAAAUGUUUGAUAUGUGACGAGACAUUUGUGCGAAAAGGUGGACUGAUAGCGCAUAGAGGAGUUCAUUUAGUCAAUAGACCAUAUAGAUGCGACCUUUGUAAUUAUACAUUCUCAAACAAGUCAUCUCUUUAUCCGCAUAUGCAAAGUCACCUUUAUGGUGAUAAGAAAAACAAAUGUUACACGCAAAAACUAUGUAUUCAAUAAGGGUGAAAAUGGUCUAGUGGUCAACGUGUCCAUCUAACUUGUUCGGUCCCAACCAGAGAUCUACCAUGGCGCUGUGAGUUCCGGUUUCUUCCAAGGAAAUAUACACGAACUUCAUUUUAAAGCAAUCAGUUUUGGAACACUCGAGCUUUAAUAAAACUAUUGAAUGUAUUAAGUAUUUUAAGCAGUUAAACGUAUUGUAUUUAAUAGUCUGUUUAUUAUUCAUAUAUUAAUCAUAAAGGAGGGAUGUAGUGGCCAAUCAGAGCCCAGUAUUGAUAAACCCGCCUCUGUGUAUGAUAAGCCCGCCUCUGGCUAAUAGUUAGUUGCAUGUAUGUUGAUAGUUCAGUUAUUGAUUGGAUUCAUGAUCGUGUGCGUAUCUGUAUAAAUGUA